AGGGAAAAAAAAAAACUCCGAGGUUUGGGUCCUUGGUGGGUUAGCUAGGGUUUUGCAGAGAGAUACAGAGAGAGAGGAGCAAACCAUGAGCCGGAGCUUAGGAAUACCGGUGAAGCUGCUACACGAAGCCUCGGGCCACGUGGUGACGGUGGAGUUGAAGAGCGGAGAGCUUUACAGAGGGAGCAUGGUGGAGUGCGAAGACAAUUGGAAUUGUCAACUUGAGAGUAUCACUUACACUGCUAAGGAUGGAAAGGUGUCACAGCUUGAGCAUGUUUUUAUUAGAGGCAGCAAAGUCAGGUUUAUGGUCAUACCAGAUAUGCUAAAGAAUGCGCCCAUGUUCAAGCGCCUGGAUGCUAGAAUCAAGGGUAAGAGCGCAUCACUUGGAGUUGGCAGAGGUAGAUCUGUUGCAAUGCGGGCUAAAGCUCAAGCUGCUGGGCGUGCAGCACCUGGUAGAGGUGCUGUACCACCUGUUAGGAGGUGAUGCCGUACACAUGAUUUGAUCUAGAACUUCUUUUCUCUCAUUGCCCGUGCAUGAGUAAUUAGGGUCUCUGCUCUUAGUAUCCCUCAAAUUUAUUGUAAUUUUUGUAAUGGGGAGAAGUGGAAUCUUGUUACCUGGACUGCAAGUGACUGCUUUAUGCUUGUAUGCAUGUAUUCAAAUUGAAUAACUGAUAGUUUCCAUAAUUUGUAAUGGCAUGUUUGUAUGCAUGUCUCUUUGCUAUCAAAA